AAAGAUGCCUCGGAAGGAACUGUGGAGCAACUUGAAUCUCAGGUUGAAAGAAUAGUAUUAGAUUUAGUUCCUUUUUUACGUCACCAUUUACAGCAAGAACUCACCCCCCAACUGCAGGGGCAACUGUGUAAUAGAGUGCUUGGAACUCUUCAGCCUGCCCCUUCACACCCAUUGGCACGGUUCUUCAGAAACCAGCUGCUGCAGAUCCUUCAACAUACUCUGGCUAGGUUCUCGGGGAAGAGAAUAUGUGAAUGUGAAGAAGAACUCCUGAUGGAAGUGACAGAAGUUGUAUUUAAAGAAUUGGCUUUCCAUAAAUUGAUGGCUACUCGCAAGAGUAAACAGAGCCAAGAUGUAGGCGGUUGUGUGGAG